AUGGCGGGCGAAUCUAGACGCGGUGGUCCACCUUCCAAAAAUGCCUAUGUAACUCUCCUUACACGGCCCUCGUAUCUUGCGGGUGCCAUUCUCCUCGCCUAUACACUUCACAAGCACUCGCCAUCCACGCCACUGAUCAUAUGUUACACCCCGGACACCCUUCCGGAAUCAUCAGUCACCGCCUUUGCCGCCGAAGCCAAACAUUCCAACAUAAUCCUUCAACCCGUCGAGCACCUCCGCCUCCCCGAAGAUGGCACCGCCCAUGGCAUGGUCGCCGAGCGCUUCAUCGAUACAUGGACCAAGCUCCGUGUCUUCGACCUAUGGGACAUGCCCCAAAAAUGGGAACGGCUCUGCUGGCUCGACGCCGACAUGAUGAUCUUCUCCGACCCUUCCCCCUUGGUCUUCAACGCGCAAAACGACGAGUACCUAACUGGAGGAGAUGGAAUGAGGACAAUGGCCGUACACACCUGCGUGUGCAAUCUCGACCACGACGCCUGGGCGCCCGCAGAAUGGACCAAGGAAAACUGCGCCAUGACGCCCCUUUCCUCCUCGGAUCAGUUAGCAGAAGUCAAAUCCGAACCCUACACGCUCAGCAACUUCAACUCUGGCACUUUUCUGUACCGCCCGUCCAAACAGCUUGCAGACUUUGUGAAGCAGAAAUUUGAAGAGCUAGGCAAUGCCCGUCUUCGUGCUAUGAAGUUUCCUGACCAGGAUUUCCUGAAUGAAGCAUUUGAUGGGCGCUGGUCCCCCCUUUCAUGGCGUACGAAUGCGCUUAAGACGUGGCGGUAUUGGCAUACGAAUAUCUGGACUGACGACUCGUAUGUUGCUGUCCUACACUAUAUUGUGGAUAAACCGUGGGCUGCGCGCAAUAAGCCUGAUGGUAGCGCGGGGUAUCUGGGCAAAGAUGGGGAGACGCAUAAGUGGUGGUGGGAUGAGUUUGAGGUUUGGCGGAGGGAAAGAGAAGGGCAGGGGGAAAAAGAGUUGUUAAGUGUUGUGGAGAAGUAUGUUGCGAGUGAGGAUGGGAAGGAGAAUGAGGAGAUGAAGGCGAUUGGGGGUGGGGCUCAGGAUUUUGCGAAGAAGUGGGAUAAGAAGGAGAAGGGGAAGGAGAAUGAGGGGCAUGGGAGUAAAGAAGGCGGUGGGCUGAAGUUAUCGGAUGAUGCGCAGAAGAAAGCAGACGAGUAUGGUCAGGGGCCUCAUGGUCCUAUACUGAGAAAACCGAUGCUGGGCGAGAGGGGACAUGGACCUGUUGUUCACGGACGUUAA